AUGCCGCGAUCUUACGAAGAAGAGCUCAAAUUCAUCGAAAGAAUUUCUCCCGUCUGCUGGAAAAUCAAAAAGGGUUUUGUUCCAAACAUGAAGGCAAAGUCUUUUCUGUUGUUUGCUCCCGCUUCUAUUGCUGUGUAACUGCGUAGACCUGACACCACUUAUUGAAAACAAACGUUUGUCUACCAGUUAUUUGAAUAUAGGGACGUUGCAGGGACUGAAAACAUCAGGUGUUAUUUUCCUAACGCUGACGAAUUACGGUUUUCGAUCAAGAGAAGUGUCACGCUUCUUCACUGUCGGGUUUACACAUGUUCACUUUCUCAUCAGCUAUUGCUCACCCUUAUCCAUGCAUCUAUCGUAAAACGAUUUUUUGGCCGGUGUUGUUAGAUCCAAUCGGGCCUACUUGGGGAGGAGACUUAACAACGUGUUGCAGCGCCUCUAAACCGCAAAUAUGUUCUAUCAGCCAGUACGCCAAGACCAUUUUAACUAUGGAGGGAGGAAGAACGUUGUAUGGCAUUCUUACCCUAAUAGUUUGUCAUUUUCGUUUCAUAUGGUUGUAGCGGGCAUCUUGGGAAUUGAGCGAGAGGAUGAAACCUAUGCCACUGAAGCCCCACUCGCUAUCAAACUCCUAUAUUAAUGGCGUCCGCUGAUCUGUCCUGAUUUCAGGAGGGGUAUGGGCACUUCCGGUCUGCCUUCGAACUCAGGGCCUAACUCUAACAUAGCAAUUAGCCGUAAAGAAAAGUCACAGACAAAGACGUUGAAAGACUGAAAUGACAACUGCUGACUUACUUGUCACCGCCAGACCAUAGUACUCCACGCCCCCUAGUACUGGCUUGCGGCAAGUUGUAGUUUAAGUCAUUUGGUCGUCGGGCAUUUUCAAGUCAAACGGUCUCCAGUCUAAACUACGGCAACACUUCCUGUCAGCUGGGAUCGGAGGUAUUCAAAGUCACAUUGGGGUAACAUUCACCGAUGUAUCCUAACUGCAGGACGCGAAUGGAUAUUUUCCUUAGGCCUUUUAGCUCCGGGUCUAGAGCCGGCGCGGGCAGUUAAUCACGGCUCUCCGGGCUAUCAGGUUUUGCAACCCCGACAGCGGUAGCUGAGAACGGACACCUUUGCCUGUUUCUAUAGUUAUCCAUGUUUCUCCCGCAGUCAUUUUCCCAUUUUGUCCCAUUUCUACACGUACGCUGAACUUAUUUUGAUCAAUCAUCUUAUAGGUCGAAGGGGUCUUCUACGUCAACGAUUUCCUGGAAAAGCUCAUGUUCGAGGAGCUACGUAAUUUUGCGAAAAGCGGCGAUUAUGGUGGCUUCCUGCCGGGUAUGAAGCAAAUUGCCAACGUUGCUGCCCUACCUGGUAUCGUGCACGUAAGCUCUAUCACUUAUUUAACACAAUGUUGGUGAUGCUCCGAAGGGCUGCACCAAAAUAAUUUGCCACUUGGGCGCAGUGAGUGUAUUUAUGCGAAAACCGUGUAGAGUAAAAAGUUGAUUCAGCACAGAUAGAUCCAGCGAGCGGUCGUUAUAUAAUUGCGUGGAUAUAAGUAUCGCUUGUGGUCCUAAACACUUCUGAUUCCCUGAAAUGAACCCAUGGAGAUCUGAUUGGUUUCUCAGGGCAAUCCAGCUUGGCCCUCUGUUUGGAAGGGUGGUCGUUCGGUAGGUCGUAAAGUGAUUAAGUAAAUACUUUCAGACACUCCGGAACAAUGAGGAAGACUAAGAUAACGGUUCUGUCUGUGGUUGCCGGUCGCAUUCUCGCUUCUCCAAAUAAAACCUGCAAACCUCAAUACUAUAGGCUUACCGCGCUCGUGAUGGCAGGUGGUGGCGACCCAAAAAGCCACUGUCUCAAUCUCUCAUGUCCUCGUCGGUCCUCCUCUGAUGGGUCAGUUUUGUUUGAUCACACGUCGUACUCAUGCAGUGCGAAGUAGGUUUCCAGUGACUGGCCCUUAGUUUAUGAUCCUGAGGUCGGGAGACUAACUCUCCUAUUUGGAGGCAGAAGUCAGGUAUCUAAGGAAAUUGAAUCGUACUCCCCAUCUACGGUCUUUGACCUUAUUUCACUAAAUCACCUGCGCUCUGAUUGCCGGUGCCUAUUUUUCAAUCCUGUCUGAGCCCGAAAGUUUUGACAUUAAUGCCCUCGGCGCGCACGAUACACCUCCGACACCUUUAUUUUCUCUUAUUUGUUUAUUUUUUGCUGUUGACAGAGGUCGGUCGGUCUACCGGAUGUUCAUUCUGGCUACGGUUUUGCCAUAGGUGAGGGAUUCUUGCAAGUCUAGUCGCUAACCACCCACCCUUUUCUCAUUACCUCUUGUUUGAUUUACAGUUUUCCGUUAACCAGUUUGCUUGGCUAAUUUAGUUAGCUGCUUCCAUGGAGCUAAAGUCAUCUUGAGAAAAAUGUCCUUUUUCAUGCGGCUCGGUGGUGGAACUUGUAGAUGCAAGACUGCCCACUUCGAGAAAUUUAGACAAUUUGUCACUUUCCACUGCGAGUUUUACGACCAAAUUAGUUUCGACUGACGAGGAAGAUAAUGAGUGAGAAAUUUGAUUUUGCGAUAAUUUGCUUUUAUCAUGAAGACAUUCGUUGACAAAGACAGGGAGACCGAAAUGACUAUUUCUGGCCUGUUUGAAUCUGUGACAGUUGCGUCGGCGCAUAGUUGCUAAAUCAUGCCCUUUUGACUGUCAUCAGUGGUAGCUCGUCAACCCUUCACAUACAAACCCCGUCCGAUCGCACGUCUUGUUAAGUGGUGCUGGAGGUACAGUUACCCUUCAAUGACACGCCUGAACUGGCCAUUCUCGUUACUUGCGCUGUCUUUGGGAGCUUACUAUUGGCGGUUAGUUCUAAUGGGGAACGCAAAAGGUGUAUUCAACGAGCUUGAACAAAUAUGGCAAGGUUGCAUUCUCAGUGAAGUCGUAGUGGUCGUUAUUAACGGCCUACGUCCCCUCUUUACACACCGUACAGUGCGGUUCAUGGAAAUCCUGACCAAAGUUAUUAAGUUUUGCAUUUUUUGGCCAUUUCUCUUUCUUUUACCCCAGGCAAUAUGGCCGCCUUUGAUAUGGAGGAUCCAAUGGCCGUUGUCUCUCCGGGUGGAGUCGGCUUCGAUAUUAACUGUGGAGUCCGCCUUCUGCGUACCAAUCUCACUCUAAAGGACGUUCUACCCGUCAAAGAGCAAUUGACGCAGGCCUUGUUCGACCACAUACCCGUGGGCGUUGGUUCGAAGGGUGUUAUACCCAUGAGUUCUCAGGCUCUGGACGAAGCUCUGGAGAUGGGAAUGGACUGGUCCUUGAGACAAGGUAGGAACAUGACUGCUGUCUGGGCCACCGAAAAAGACGAUGUUGGUUUGUCCGACCUAAAAAGGGUCAAGCAUUCUGACACAAAGUAAUUGUUUUGGUGAAUUCUGAUCCAGACCGGAUGAAAAAUAAGCACGCGAGUAACAGAAUAGAUGUCUGAUUGGUCACUGCGGUUGAUCUGGUCUCCAGCCUACUUAAUAUAUUGUCUUGCCACUGGAACACGGCGAGCGCUCCCGCGCUCCAAUCCAACUGCGAGUAGGCACAUCUUGUAAUAUUGAUAGUGCUCGUUAACUUUCAUGGCCGAACUUUUCGAGAAUUCAGAAGACAGGAGCAAGUGAAAAAUAACUGAUUGAAGUUCCACCUGGGGAAUCGGACUGGUCGAGCAGCGAAGCUGCCACUUGUGAGGUUGGUGCUGUCACCUCUGACGAUAGACUGUUGUAGGAGUUUGAAAUCACAGAGAAAUAAUAAAAGGAUUCCGUGUCCUAUCAGUCUUCCCCCUCACCCGGAAAUAACUCAGUUUCGAUUUUUUUGGAGGCAAGCCUCCGUUGCUCCGUUUUUCUCCUGCACCCUGGUGGCAGUGUUUUUUAAAGUUUCAAUGGGGUCGUGCUUUGUGCUGGUUAAAGUGCUGCUGCCUUUCCCUUCCGCCUUGGAGUUGGCAACGUUUACAAAUAGGAAUUUUAACAUAUUCCUCCUCCCUCUUUUUGCCGUAGAUUAUCGUCAAUGUCAGUUCGGUUUUCCAACUCAACCAACACUCGGGCCUUCCACCGUUUAAAGUCUACGAUUGCUGUUUGAAUGAAAUUAAUCAUGAGUGUCCUGUACGGAGGAAGUAGAAUAUCCACAUCAUUUCGGAAAUGCCAAAAUAUGUAGCUUUACAUUUCUGUUGGUCUCCAAUACGGCCACUAGCACUGCGCGCUCUUGUUUGAGACGUCGAGGGUGACCUAUUUUUGAGUUUUCAGCAGUGCGGACGCAAACUGAUUGCAAUCUACUGUGCACAUGUGUAUGACGUGGUUCAUCGACUUUCCAUAUACUGAAAUAGAACCGCAUGAUGUUUCUCUUUUAAAUACGAGAGAGUUAGGCCAACACUGGGAAUCCAUGUCCAUGACAAAACAGCGCACUCCUCACUGUAGUAAAUUUGAUGCGCCUGAAUCAAUUACGACGCGCUAGGAGGCGUGGUUUGGGGGCUUUGCAACUGAUAGUCCCCAUCUGGAGUGAUUGGAGAACUGAGAGACAGACUGUAAUGGCUUCUUACCAAUGUGUCUUUAUGCCACUCUCCCGCAUGUGAGAUCCGAGCCACCCAACUGAAAGAGGCACACUCGUGUGGCAUGCGUAGACGGCCUGUUUCGUUUCGUUGCGCCUACAUUCGCUCCUGAUCAUUUUGACGGUUUUUCGUCCUCGGAGCCUAGAGGCUGAGGGGAGAGAGAAUGCCGUAGGUGCUGCACAGGUCAACGCGCAAGUCACCGUUGCUGCUCCCACUCCCACUGCUUGCGACGAUCAAAUCAUUACUUUACCUGAUUAUUGAUUUUUGGAUUGUUCCAUUUUACCCAUGGGCUGUGGAAAGGUCAAAGUCUCACUCACUCGAAUAGUGAGGUUGCCGUAGACCAUUAAUAAAGUCAGCACUACCGACCUCUUGCAUUACACGUCUUGCAUUCUUUUAGGAUAUGUUUGGACCGACGACAAAGAGCACUGUGAGGAGUACGGUAGGAUGCUGCAGGCAGACCCCUCCAAGGUAUCUGUCAGAGCGAAAAAACGCGGCCUACCGCAACUGGGCACGCUUGGAGCCGGCAACCACUAUGCCGAAAUUCAGGUUGUCGAGGAGAUUUUUGAUCGCCAUGCAGCUUCUAAAAUGGGUAUCGAUCAGCUGAACCAGGUCGUUUUGAUGAUUCACUGUGGCAGUCGUGGAAUGGGACACCAGGUGGGAUUUCAAAUGUUUCCAUCUUUUUGAGCUUUGUUCAUCGUAACCAGUUGUUUGUUUUCCGACCAAUAGUAGUCCUCUCGGUGUUCUUCUUUAGAGUUGGCCCUUUCCAACUGACUGGCGCCCCAGGAACCGACUUCUACUCAGUACUAGGACAUUUGAGCGUUAACGUUCGGCACCAGACCACCAAGACGAUUAUUAAAGACUUGCUUUCUUAUUUUUCUGACAUGACCUUUUACAUGCGAAAAUGAGUGCCCUCUGACAGGGCUCUCGUUCACCAAGAAAGACUGUCUCGAACAUUUUAUCGACUUAUCUGUGUUUGUUUUAGGGUGACUUAGUGCUUAACCAAGCAAAUCAACCGGGUCACCUUUCCAGUAGUAGAAUGGCAGCAUGGUUGACGGACUUUCAUCGGAUUACGCGCACUAAAGGUACAGCCUUUGGGCCUAAUCUGUCUAGAUAAGUACCUUUGUUGACUUGCCCAAUAAAUAUAAUGCCACUCGUUCGGUUGCGGUACUGUCAGUGGCGAAAAUUAAUUGAUGGGUGUUUUGGCUAAUUUGUCUGUCGCCAGAUGUCAUUGGACAGAUUCUUAGUCAAACUGUCAUACGUAACAAUUAUUUAUUAUCACAGGGAAGUGUUUGUCGAGUGCUUUCGCAGUACAAACUUCUAUGCCAAAGCCGGAUGAGGGGGAUGUACUUCAACUUGUUUUUUUUGUUCCCACUACUAUCUUUUUACCUUAUUCGGAAUUCGUAUAACGCUCAGAUCAUCAUACGCAUUGAUUUACUGUUGGGGAGCUUACUUCGAAUGCAGACCUAGUCUCUCUCUAUCUCUAUCCCUCCCCCUCUCUCUCUCUGUUACACAAGAUUUGUCCCAGGUAGAACAGGCGGACGUGGACGCCGUUAGCAUUGAAAUUCUAGUUCGAACUUAUUGCCGCAUUCUUGGUUGUCUUGGGGAAUGUCUGCUUUGUUGUCAACUCUUACCGUUGCUUCUACGUGAGGUUAUCUUUGUGUCAAGCCCGUCAAAGCUUUUCAUUGCAAUAAAAAAACACCAAUCAUAUCUGACAUGUGAGCUUGUCUGGUUGACUGUUUGUUCUACAAUACAGUCGCUUGUUCUUCUCCUAAUAUGUGAAGUCACGUGCAUUUGCACACCACCUACCUAUCCUGAUCGCAAGACGACUCCGUUUGCUCUAAAGGUCCCGGUCACUCAUCCUCGCAGGCAAUCACUUAACAACAAGUAAUUAAUAAUUGAAAAGCGAGCGGAGAUUGCCCCAUAUUUCAUCCUGCAAUCAGAACAGAUCGCUGAACGCUACCCGAUUGCAGCCCACUUCUCGCCCGCUUGUUCAGUACUAGCGAACUUUGGCAAAUGCUCAGUGACCAAAAAUGCUCGGAUCCCAGGCUCCGGCACGGAGAUGUUUGACGACAGACUGACAACGGUUAAUCGACCAGAAGUAAUCACCCCAGUCUCCCUCUGUCAGCAAUGCUUCUCGACCGUAAAUCGACUUGCCGCUUCUAACAUUAAAUCGAAUUUUUUGCAUUCUUUUGUACUUUAUGGUCCAGGUAUCUUUCUGUGAACAAUGAUUCCGUCCUUCUGUUUUAAAUAAGAUUCUCAGUUUCUGCAAACCCCCCACUGACUGGACGUAAGAUGGCGGAGUACUUUUGCGUCGGUUAUUUCAAUCCUGGUAACUGUUGGUGUGGGUCCGGAGUACGGCUGACUGAUGGCGGCGAAAUGACCAUCCUAAUUGCCUACCCCCAACCCUGUCAAUGAUGGUUCUCUAUUAAUGACUUUUCACCCUUGUAGGACCGCCUACGGCGGUUCUAGAGCGGUGCACCCAAGCAGAGCUAAGCGGCCGUAUUCCGUUCUGCAGUCAGGAUAAGUCAUUGAGCCGUUGCCAUGCGGUGCUUUAUUUCUUCCGCUGUAUAGUUCCGGGAGGGGGGGGGAUAAGGGAUAUUUGUUACCCUCUUCAGCGUUAAGUUGCACCCCUCUCAUGUUGCAGGUGGCGACUGACGCGCUGGUAGAAAUGGAACGCGCAAUGAAGCGGGAUAAAAUAGAAGUCAAUGAUCGUCAACUGGCCUGCGCCCGAAUAAACUCCGUUGAGGGUCAAAACUACUUCUCAGCCAUGGCUGCAGCGGCCAACUACGCAUGGGUUAAUCGCUCCUCCAUGACAUUUCUUACUCGUCAGGUAGGUCUUACUCAUCGUUUUUACUAAAACAACUGCUCCUGGACCCUUCAAACAAAGGCACUAUGACCCGCGUAUAUUUUCUUCCCAAGAUCACAUUACUUUUCGGCACCCAUUGUUCGCCCUUUGGGUUCCACCUUCUUAGAGCCUGCUUUGGAGAAUGGGUAGGGCACACUGCAAGUACCCCCUGCAUUACAGGUUGUCUUUCACUAAAUUCCAGGGUGUUAGGUUUAAAGUUAGGACAGGGACUAGGUACUCUCCCUGAAAUUUAGCACAAGGCCACCCAUAGUAGGAGAAGAUAUUUAUGCCCUUAUCCGACUGGAAAGUGUUUCAGGGAAACCUAGACGUUGUGUCUCCCGAGGCUGUAUACGUUAUCUGUAAUUUCGUGGCCUUCAUCCAAGGGUUUUAACACAACGCUCAUAGGGUAGGCAUCGGCUACGUCCUGAGUCAGCUGCCCUUUCGUUUUCCCGCUUUCUGAAGAUGCUGUAGAUCAAGCCUUUCUGCGACUUUAAUGGGGGUGCGCAGUACUUCGGCACAUUGUUAGCUUGUUUUGCGGCUAUACCACAUAAAGCGAGAUAUGAACAUUGAAAUUGCCCUGGAAACUUUCCUCUCUAGCAUAGCCUUCUCUCAGUUUUUUGCGACCUGACCCUUUGCCUAUUGUCUUCCUCCAUACUCGAGGUAUCAUUUUCAGUUUGGUAAUGGUCGUUGCCGAAAUUGGCGGCUUUUUGUGUCUCUCAACUUGGCUUCUUAAUUCCCUCACGUUUUUUGCUUUUAGGCAUUUGCCAAGAUAUUUAAUUCCACUCCUGACGACUUAGAUAUGCAUAUCAUUUAUGAUGUAUCUCACAACAUUGCCAAAGUCGAGGAGCAUUGGGUGGAUGGACGGCCUCGAACAUUGCUUGUCCACCGGAAGGGUUCGACCCGCGCCUUUCCGCCCCACCACCCACUCAUCCCCGUUGACUAUCAGGCAGGUUCCUGUUGGCUUCUCACUCGCAGUAACGCCGAUCUUGCUUUUCUUACUGCUCCGGUCAUGUUUACCAAUAUGUCCACAAUGUUUGCCCUCUUUCCAUUAGCUGACUGGCCAGCCCGUUUUAAUUGGCGGGACGAUGGGCACCUGUAGCUACGUUCUGACAGGGACGGAAAGGGCGAUGACAGAAACCUUCGGUUCAACAUGUCAUGGCGCUGUGAGUUCUCUCCAUGGUCUUCCAAUUCCCAGUCUUAUAACCCCUCUCACUGUAUUGUAUCUGAAAAUAUUCACUGCGUACAGGGCAUUCAGUUGUUUCUUUGUUCUCUUGCUCUUCUGUCGGUAUGACACGGCAAUAGGAACUCCUCCUCCCUCCGUAACGCGGCUGGCCUUAUGUUGAAUUCCAGGGAAAAUUAGGACUGGCGUUAAGGCAUGGGAAUAGGUACGCCCUCUGAAUUUAAUCCCAAGGCCGCCGGCCUUGGGGGGGGGGGGGCGCUUCCAUUCCUGUGUCCUACCUCUGCGUCUCACAUUCAUGACAGCCUGACUUUUGGUUUGGUUCUGCACAACAGCUUUAUAGCGCGACAUGUCCUCCUAUCCAGAUGCACACAUCUUGUGGAACUCGUCAAAUCACUUGAUUAUACAGGGCAUUAUCAAAUGCAUGCGGUCUUCUCUCUCUCUCUCUCUCUUCUCAGAGUGCUAUAUCUUAGAUUCUCCUCGUAAUCGCAUUGUCUCGUUUGGUUUCUCGAGCUCAUACUUUCUGUUUUUAUUUUAAUUCAGGGAAGAGCGCUCUCCAGAGCUAAGUCAAGAAGAACGCUCGACUACACAGAGGUGUUGGACCAACUUGCUGCCAAGGGCAUAUCAAUCCGUGUUGCUUCCCCGAAACUGGUCAUGGAAGAAGCUCCAGAAUCCUACAAGAACGUUACCGAUGUAGUAAACACAUGUGGGUUCCUGUACUUCUUUAUGUUUUUCCACCAGUGUCUCUUGUACUUUUUUAUUGCGGUAAUUUUACAACCGGAACAGUGGUAAUCUUGUGGUCUUUGAUUAUGUGUUUCAGGUCAUGCCGCGGGCAUAAGUAAGAAAGUCAUAAAGCUCCGUCCAAUAGGCGUCAUCAAGGGCUAG